CUCACUCUCUUCCAACUAUUCUUCCUUCAGCAUCUUCAAAAUACUCUCUUCAAUCUCGUAUCCAUUAACACUUGUACCACAUUCGCUAACCCGCAAAACACCACGACCCUGCCGCACUUCCGACGACAUGCGCCAAAACCCAAAGCACGCCCUUCAAAUACCCCACCAUGAACCCCACUUUCGACAAGAACUUGACGACUGGCAAGCUAGACCGGUGUCGCAUCGUUUGAUUUCAUUUUCUUUCUCAUUUCACUCGAUAUUUAGUCGAGCUUGUUUUGUAUAUAAUCUUUGGUUCCCUUCAGUCAAGAUCUUCACUGCUUGGGAGUGCUACACAGCUAUUGUUGCGCAGAUUUCUUCUUUCUCAAUUUGGUUCUCUUAGAGUUUUCUAGUUUGAUUAUUAUAUAUAGAGGAUGGAGAAACCACCAUCCUCGAUCCUCAUCCUAGGCCAUGGCGUCUUUGGCCUCUCGACAGCUCUGUCGCUUUCUCUACGGCCCUCCUUCAAACACACCAAAAUCACUCUUCUAGACCGUUCACCAUUCCCUUCUCCAGAUGGCUCCUCGAUAGAUACUUCUCGCAUUAUCCGCUCCGAUUAUUCGGACCCUGCAUAUGCCAAGAUGGGAGCUGAAGCCAUGGAAACUUGGCGCUCUUCAUCCUCAUCUAGCACACAGCAAGCUGGCGUUGCAAAAGUGCUAGCUGGGCUAGGAGAAGAGGGACGGUAUACGGAAAGUGGGUUAGUACUGGUAUGUGACAAGGGGAAGCAGGGAGAAGAAUACGUUCGAGGGAGCUUCGAGAAUAUGAUUGAGAUGGGAUCGGAGAAGCAGAAAGUCAAAGAGUUGAAAGAUAGAAGGGAAAUAGACAAGGAGAUGGGGACUGGAGGCGGAAACGGGGAUUGGGGAUACAUCAACACGAGUUCUGGCUGGGCAGACGCAGAAGCCGGCAUGAGGUUCCUAAGGAAGAAAGUCGAAGCCUUAAACCGAGUUACCUUCCUCCAAGGGGAAGCCGUUUCCCUCUUAUACUCUCCCUCCACCUCCAACAAGAAGAAGAAAAUCGCAGGCGUCAAACUAUCCACAGGCCAAGAAAUCACAUCAGACCUCACCAUCCUCGCAACAGGCGCCUGGACAGGAACUCUGAUCGACCUCCGCGGCCGCGCCACAGCAACAGGCCAAGUCCUCUGCUACCUGCCCCUUACACCCACCGAACAGCAAUCUUUCAGCCGCGCCCCCGUCCUCCUCAACAUGUCCACAGGAAUGUUCAUCAUCCCACCCUCUCCGGACCCUUCGAAACCCUCCCUAAAAAUAGCCCGCCACGGCUACGGAUACAGCAACCCCCUCUCCCUCCCCAACCCAUCCUCCCCCGCCCAAAAAAUCAGCAUCUCCACACCCCGCACCACACGCGAUGACCCUACCCUCCAAGUACCCCUCGAGGGCCAACUCGCCUGUCGCGCCGCGUUAAGAGAAAUGAUACCCUCCCUAGCAGAAAGACCGUUUACGGCGAGCAAGAUAUGUUGGUAUACGGAUACGCCGAAGGGCGAGUUUCUGAUCACGUAUCAUCCGCAGAUGGAGGGUGUUUUUCUGGCGACGGGGGGAAGUGGACAUGGGUAUAAGUUCUUGCCUGUUAUUGGGGAGCGGGUCGUGGAUGUGCUUGAGGGGAGGGGGAAGGGGGUUGAGGAGUUUGGGGGGAAGUGGGGAUGGCCUAGUGAAGUUGUGGAGGAUGUGGUUACGGAGGAUGGGUCGAGGGGAGGGAGGCCGGGGAUGGUGUUGGAGAGGGAGUUGAGGAGGAAGGAGGGGACCCGUGCAGAAACCACUGUCAUCGUUCGCAGAAAGAGAUAA